GGGCUUGGCCGCCCUCCUUCUGGUGGGGGGGGGGGGGGGGGUGCUUCCAGGGAAGUUUUUCUUGGAUUUAUGAGGUACGGGUGAUGGUAUGUAGGCGAAUGUACCGGAUCAUGGAGAGCAGAGGUGUGUAGUUGUUGUUGGUUUUCGCUUGUUCGGUAUCGAGAGGGGACGACAAAGGGAAUGUAGGGGGUUUUGAGAAAAAAAAAUUUUUUGCUUUUCUUUCCAUUUAAUGCAUUCUCCAGCUGGGAUUUUGGACCCCGUAUCUCCUCCGUGUUCGCGGGGGGGGGGGUGUUCGAGGCUGAUUUUUUCUUCUUUUUGCUGUGGGUGUAGCUUGUUGAUGUCUACAAAGUGGAAUGGAUUUCGAUUUAUUCUAAGAUACUUGUGUUUUUUGUGGUCGAAACUCCACGGAAUAGCCCCUAUAUUAGUUUCAACUUACGUUAUAUCUUUAUCAUCUUAUAAAAUUAUCACUCAUUAUCCAAUAAUUCAUGUUAUUUUAUUUUAUUUUAUUAUUCAAAGACAACAACUUAUAUUUUAAAAAUGCUUAUGUUUACUAAUCUCAAUUUAUUAUAUAUUAUGUAGUCAAAUAAUAAUAUAUUAUACAAAAUCAAUACUAUUCAAAAAUAUUUUAUUCUAUUUCAAACAACAAAAUUAUAUCUAAAUGUUCAUCUACAUGAAUUUCAACUUAAGAUAUAUCUUUAUCAUCGUAUAAAAUUAUUACUUGUUAUGCAAUAAUUCAUGUUAUUUUAUUUUAUUAUUCACUGAUAACAACUUAUAUUUUUUAAAAUGCUUAUAUUUAUUAAUCCCAAUUGAUUAUAUAUUAUAUCGUUAAAUAAUAGUUAAUUAUACAAAAUUAAUGUUAUUCAAAUUUAAUUUUAUCUGAAAGAACAAAAUUAUACUUUAAUGUUCAUCUAUAUUAAUUUCAACACAUUAUAUAUCUUUAUCAUUGUAUAAAAUUAUCACUUAUUAUGCAAUAACUCAUGUUAUUUAACUUUAUCAUUCAAAGACAAUAACUUAUAUUUCUAAAAUGCUUAUGUUUAUUAAUCUCAAUUCAUUAUAUAUUAUAUUGUGAAAGAAUAAUCUAUUAUAAAAAAUUAAUAUUAUGCAAAAAAAACAUAAUUACGAAAUCCUCCUGUAUAUUUUGCCGAUGUCAUAUGGCGGCAUUUCUUUUUAAAACGAAAUGAAAUAAUCGAUCAAUGUGAAUCAUGGAUACGUGAAUUACAAAAAACAUCAUCGACAAAAAAACGUAUUUGUUCAUCAAUAAGUCAACGUGUUGCUGCACUUAUACGUCAUACAGAUGAUCUUAAAAAAGAAUUAAAUUCUUUAACUCCACUUGAUGAUCUUAUUAUUCCAUCUGAAUUAACAACACUUUUACUGAAAACACCAUCAAACAAUAAUAAUAAUAAUAAUAAUAAUACAGCAGAUCAAGAAACACCUUCUUACGAAAGAAUUCAUAUUAUUUAG